UCAACCGAGGUUGAGGAUUUUCAAUUGUGUUCUUGAGAAGCUACUCCCGAAGAUUAGGUCUGGAGUAGACGAGCCUAUCAUAACUGCACUUCCCGCUCAUACACACUCGCUCUCUCUCUACCUCCCGUUUUUUCUUCACGCGUUCUCUCUCUCUCUAUUAGUCCUCUUGACUUAGCCUAGUGGAGAACCAAAAAACACAAGCUCUCUCUCUCUCCAUCCCUCUGUGUCGGAUUCAAUGGCGAGGGCCUGGAUUGUGGAUGGGCCUGGGAUUGCGAUGAAAGUGAAGAAUGCUUCUGUCUCAAAAGGCUCAUACUACAAAGACUGCGGUGCUUAUAUCGAAUGCCCCAACUGCACUCAUCGCAUUGACAACACCAAUGUGCUGAUGCCAUGGCCAGGCCUACCAAAAGGGGUCAAAUUUGAGCCAACGGACGAAGAGAUCAUUGAGCAUUUGGAGGCUAAGUGUGGGAUUGAUGGAUUAGAACCUCAUGUGCUUCUCGAGGAAUUCAUCCGUCCCGUCACUGAAGAUGUUGGAAUCAACUACACUCACCCAGAAAAUCUUCCAGGUGCUAACAAAGACGGAGUCAGCAUCUUCUUCUUUCACAAGACGGUGCAGGCAUAUGGAACCGGACAAAGGAAGCGCAGACGGAUCACACCCACCGGUCUGAACGACGAACCAGUUCGCUGGCACAAGACGGGCAGGACCAAACCAGUGAUGCUAAAUGGAGUCCAGAAGGGCUGCAAGAAGAUCAUGGUGCUGUACAAGAGCGCGAGGAAGGGAUCGAAACCUGAGAAGUCGAACUGGGUUCUACACCAGUACCAUCUGGGAACUGAGGGAAAUGAUAUAGGAGAAUAUGUCAUUUCAAAGAUCAGUUAUCAGCAGCAGAAGCAUGGGGAGAAGAAUGUGGGAGAAGAGGAAGUUCCUGAAGAGGGUGAGCAUUCAAGGGCUCAUGGCAGUCCGAGAACGCCAAAUACGAAAACUCCUACUCCACCGAGACCUGUAAACACCAUUUCUGGAGUUGGAGAAGCUUUCGAUGCCACAAAGAUGCUUGAUCCGCUUGUUCAGGGACUGGAGAACAUUCCAGAAGCUUCUUCUGAGUCAACCUGGUCGGCUGGAGCUGUGGAGGAUUCUAACAUGAACCGUAUCGAAGAUAACUUGAAGUGCAAGGAACACAUUGAGGACAAUCCGACUUCUGGAGUUGAAAAUGCCAACUUGUUCGGAGAACUUGAGCUUGAAUCGGGAAACUUUGCGAUUUCAGAUCUGGAGAACGCAGAUCUUGGAUCCCCACCUGAAUUCCUAUCCUUAGCUUCUCAGGACAGUUUGCUAAAUUGGCUGGGAUGGCUGUGAAGAUUCCUCGCAGCGAAAUAAGAACCCUAUCAUGGCGAAGAAGAAGCAUUGUAAAUAAAUAAAAGUAUCCGCCUUUCAGCUGAAGCCGUGUUUCUCUGUUGUUUUUCUUCAGCAAGGCCUCGAGUGAUCAGUUUCGGAGACACCCAGGGUUUUCCCCGAUUUUCCCGGAAUAUUCACGGAAUUUCCGGGAAUCUUUGUUUAUGGCACUCUUUUAAAUCAUUCCCAGAAACUGUUGAUCGUUUGAUUAUUUUGUGGUUUUGUUUCAUGUAAUCAAUGUUAUGUUUUCUUUGUCGUUGAACAAUUAGAUAAAUAUUCUGCAAGACUGUAAGAAGAAUC